AUGGUUUCAGCGGUGCAGCCGGAGGCGGAGACGACGUCCGGGGACGGAGGCGUUGGUAUGUUGGUGACGAAGAAGGGAACGACGAGUGCGAGGAGUUGGAUAUUGAUCGAUACUAACGUGAAUGAGACGAUUAUGGAUAUUGAUAAGUAUGCCAUCAUGCACCGAGUUCAGAUUCAUGCUCGUGAUCUUCGGAUUCUUGAUCCUCUUUUAUCCUACCCUUCUACAGUUUUAGGCCGUGAAAGGGCAAUCGUUCUUAACUUGGAACAUAUCAAGGUUAUUAUCACUGCUGAAGAGGUGUUACUUCGAGAUCCUUCAGAUGAUAAUGUAAUACCAGUUGUUGAGGAGCUACGGAGGAGAUUGCCUGUUGCAAAGGCCAAUCAUGGAGAAUUGGAUGGGCAGCAUGAUGUUGAAGCCGAUGAAGAAGAUGAAUCACCGUUUGAAUUCCGAGCACUUGAGGUUUUCUUAGAGGCCAUCUGCAGCUUUCAUGCUGCCCGUGCUACUGAACUGGAAACCGAUGCUUACCCAGCCUUAGAUGAGCUUACGUCUAAGAUUAGUAGCCGUAACUUGGAUCGCGUUCGUAAAUUGAAAAGCUCAAUGACAAGGUUGACUGCUCGUGUUCAAAAGGUUAGGGAUGAACUUGAACGACUUUUGGACGAUGAUGAUGAUAUGGCGGAUCUAUACUUAUCAAGAAAGCUAUCGUCGGCUUCACCAGUAAGUGACUCAGGUGCUGCUAGUUGGUUUCUUGGCUCACCUACUAUUGGUUCAAAGAUAUCUAGAGCUAGCAGGGCAAGUGUGAUGAUGGUUCAUGGAGAUGAAAACGACGUUGAGGAGCUUGAGAUGCUUCUAGAGGCCUACUUCAUGCAGAUUGAUGGAACGUUACACAAGUUAACCAGUCUGCGUGAAUAUAUUGAUGAUACAGAAGAUUACAUCAACAUCCAGCUUGACAAUCAUAGAAAUCAGCUAAUUCAGCUGGAGCUGUUUCUAAGUGCAGGAACUGUAUGUAUGGCAAUCUAUUCUUUGAUAACUGGUAUAUUUGGCAUGAAUAUACCUUAUACCUGGAAUGAUGAUCAUGGCUACAUGUUCAAAUGGGUGGUGAUUCUGUCGGGCGGAUUUUCUGCAGUCAUUUUCCUUCUCGUUGUUUCGUAUGCUCGUUUAAAAGGGCUCAUUGGAUCUUGAAUGCAAGCAAACAACAUUU